GAAUAUCUGGUGAGACUUAAUCUGUAAAGUCAUGGAGGGCGGUUGAAUAAAGGUGACCCCUAUAAUGAUGUUUCAGGAGAGACCCAAGAGGCCAAUGAUCAUAGAUAAGAUCCUCAAGGCCAUAAAUGAUCCGUAUCAGUGCCAGUAGUGGAAACUGAUCAGAGAAGAAGACCCAACUUUGUGUAUGCCAGAAGCACCAUAAAGAUGGAAUCGGAGAAUCCACAACAUUCCCAGAUUAUUGAGAUCCAUGGAGAUAUUUCUGGUGGAGAGACGAGUGUGGGUGGGAGUAAAAUUUGUGGAGAAGCACCAUGUGGACUAUCGGAUGUUGGACCGAACUCUAAAGAUUCCAAAGAACGAUCAACUGCCAUGCGCAAGCUCUUGAUAGCAGUGGUACUUUGUGUUCUCUUCAUGGGUGUUGAAGUGUUUGGUGGCAUUGAAGCCAAUAGCUUAGCAAUAUUGACUGAUGCAGCACAUUUGCUCUCCGAUGUUGCAGCCUUUGCCAUCUCCUUGUUCUCCCUGUGGGCUGCUGGCUGGGAAGCAACUCCUCGUCAGUCUUACGGCUUUUUCAGGAUUGAGAUUCUUGGUGCUCUUGUUUCUAUCCAACUCAUAUGGUUGCUUGCUGGGAUAUUGGUGUAUGAAGCCAUUGUCAGAAUGAUUUCUAACACAUCUGAGGUGAAUGGUUUUUUGAUGUUUCUUGUUGCUGCAUUUGGUCUAGUGGUUAAUAUUGGCAUGGCUGUACUGUUAGGCCAUGAUCACGGUCAUGAUCACGGUCAUGGCCAUGGACAUGAUGAUCAUGAUCAUCACAGCCAUGGAAUGACAAUAUCUACUCAUCAUCAUCACCACCAUGAGGAACACUCGAAUGAUGAGCACCAUCAUGAUCAUGAAAAACACUCACAUGAUGAACACCGUCACAGUCAUGAUGAUCAUAAACACAAUGAUGCUGAGGAAGGUCAAGCUCAUGAGCCACUCUUAGACAAGCCAAAAGAUGGGGAUGGACAAAAGAAGCAACGGAACAUAAACGUGCAAGGAGCUUACCUUCAUGUUCUUGGGGACUCUGUUCAAAGUAUCGGUGUAAUGAUUGGUGGGGCUAUCAUAUGGUACAAGCCGGAAUGGAAGAUAGUUGAUUUAAUUUGUACCCUUGUAUUUUCUGUUAUUGUUUUAGGAACAACUGUCAGGAUGAUGAGGAACAUACUCGAUGUACUAAUGGAGAGCACACCAAGAGAGAUUGAUGCAACGAAACUUGAGAAGGGGCUGUUGGAGAUGGAAGAGGUGGUGGAAAUCCAUGAGCUGCAUAUAUGGGCAAUCACAGUCGGGAAAGUCCUGCUGGCUUGCCAUGUGAAAGUCAGACCAGAAGCAAAUGCAGACAUGGUGCUGGAAAAAGUGAUUGAUUAUAUCAGGAGGGAGUACAACAUCAGCCAUGUGACUAUACAAGUUGAGCGUUAGCGAGCUCUUUGAAGGUUAAGAUCAGGAUAUGGUGAAGUUUUAAAAGUUAUGGUUUCGUGUAUUACUUUUCUUAGAUGUAUACUCUUCUUAGAUGAGGGUCCAGAUUUUUAGCAUCAGAAUUGAUGUCUAUAGGCAGUUUGCUGAUCUUACAGAAGAUGCAUGUUUUUGGUGUCGAGUAAUUAUAUUUUGGUUACGUUUGCAGCCACCUUGAUU